AUGUCUAACCCAGACGAAGCCCGAGAACUAAGUCUUAUAUCAAAAGUCGAGCUUAGAAUUGCCCUAGCAGACAGUGAUUCCAAGCUGCAAUCUCUUCUCCAGACAUACCUUGCCCCACUACUCCUAAAGCUAGCUUCCGAAAGCCUUGCAGUGCGCAACAAAGUCAUUGCUGUCUGCCAGCAUAUCAACACUCGAAUACGACCAGUGUCAAUCACCCUCCCUGUCGCAGCACUGCUGAAACAGUUUAAAGAAGUUAAAGCGCCGCUGGUCAGACAUUUUGACCUUAUAUAUAUCAAGCAGGGCCUUGAUCGAAUUCCCGCCAGUGAGCGUAUCGAACUCAUACCAGCUUUAAUCCAGGGGAUUGCAGGAAUCGGAGGUUCAAUCUCUGCUUCAUCGCAUGGCUCUGUCGUUUUCAAUUUAUUGUUGAGAUUGUUACCGUUGCUGAAGUUGCCACAGAGAGGCAGUGAAGAUGAUUUGGCUCUAAGAGCGAAACUAGGUAUAUCAGAUGAAGAUGCCACUUUCCUGGCAAAAUGGUUUGCAAAAGUUUUUCUUUUACUACCCGCUGGAAAAGAUGCGACGAGAUGCCCCGGUCUUACCCCUUCAGAGUAUAGAUUUGUGAACAGAGAUGCAUCACCUGACGAUACUUGGAAUCCUUCGGCAGCUGGUGGCCUUAACUUGAUCGAAACCAAGGUUGCCGCAGCGAAGUUUUUGGCCAGUGGGGCUUUUACAGAUUCUGAACGCUUCCUUGCCGCUGUUAUUGCUUCUGCUGAUCCUAAUAGUCGCCUUUCGGACGUUGGGGAAGAUAUACUAAAGCGUUUCCGUGCAGACUUGGAAAACGCGGAAGUUGUUGAUGAAUUGUUUACUCUCUACUUUGGAACGAAAGACCCCGAUGGUGCCCUACCAGCGCGACCAGCUUUACAAGCUAAAAUCCUUGGAUUUCUAAGUAAAUCAGUCAAGGCUACCACCCAGCCUGAGAGGAUUAAUCAGCUUCUCGAUGAAGGGCUGUUCUCAAAUAAUGAAAGCACUGCCAAGGGCCUUGAAGCAUCUAAGCUUCGGAGCCAGAUAUUUGUCUUUGUGACGUGGAUUGCGCGCAUGGGCUCUUCUGCAGAUUUAAAUGUCGUCGCGCCUCGCGCCAUCCAGGGUUUAAGAGAAUAUAUUUCCUACCAAGGCUGGCCUGACCCUGGCGCUAGCGCGCAGAAGUUGAGUCCUGCCGAACUUAGUCUUCGAAGUCUUGCGUAUGAAACUAUUGGCGUACUAGCUCCGAAAAUCGAUCGAGCUUCACAGGAUGACGAUGAACGGAUAUUCGAUCUUGAUCUACUCAGGUGGCUAUUCACUUCCCUGAGUUCUGACACUUCAAGUGCACAGAUAUUCGUAAGUAUCGAGCAAGCUCUGGGGAGUAUCCUCAACGCUCUCGCGAAUAAUGCAGACGAACAUCUUCAAAAUGAAAUCCGUCCGCUUUUAAUUCACCAUAUGCACGCCAAGCCCGGUACGGAAGACCGCGAUACAGGAUUUCACAUCGUCCGAAGUACGAGGUUUGCUGCCGUGCGGUUUGCGAAUCGGUGCUUGCCGUAUUGGGAGGUGCAGGCGCGCUGGAUAGAUCUUAUGGCUAUUGGCGGGGAGUCCGGUGGGAGAUCUGAAAUCAUAGAGGAAGGCCAGAAAGGCCUUGACCCAUACUGGUAUCGGAUGCUUAAUCCUCCCAGAGAUGGAAGCCGGAUAACUUCAACUGCCAUGGACGCUGAUGUUCAUCCUCGGUACCGGUUUCCUAAGUUUGCCGAAUUAGUAAGCUCUUUAUUUGGCGACCCGACUAGCGAUGAUAUCGAAAUGGAUGACGGGAACGUUUCUCUUCCCACCAGAUUUUCUAGCGCCUAUGUUAAUUCAUUUGCACCGACUAUUGCAUUUAUUCGCAAUAUUCUCCUCUGUGAAUCGUUCCAAUAUUCUGGCUCCCCCUUGAGUGUCGAACCGGAUUGGGAACACCGCCUUGACGCGGCAAUCUCAACGAAGGAAGAUGCAAGGGCUAGCCUUAAAGCAUAUCUCGAACAAUGCGAUCGUGUGCCGACCCUUGGGUUCCUGAAGGCUUCCCUAGCUGGUCUCCUUUGGAAGCAGGGCCAGGGAUUAGGCCGCUGUGGUGUUCAUUUUGUCGAAAUCUGCGCUCUCGCAUCCAAUGACCUUCUGGCUUCUAUUGCAAUUCACGCCUCAUCGCUUAGGGAUCCGAUAUUUUCAAACAACGUCACGAAUCAGGAUAUAGCAACACAGGCGUUCGGAAUUUUGGCCUCUCACACGGACUAUCCUACCUCUCGGCUGCUGCAGAUGUUUGAGUCAUUUAUCGUUUUAAUUGAGAAUUGGAAAACUGCGGUCGGUCAAGGUAUCAAUAAGUGCAGAGGUGCACUACUGGCGUUAACACAUCUUUCCACCCGCGCUUCCUUUCGAGGGCGACUAAAUUUGAUCUCUGAAAAUCAAAUCCGAAGGCUUUUGGAGUCCACGUUUGAUAUCUUGAACAACUCUAGAGAUCUAGCCCUCAGAGAGGCUUCCCAUGUGACUAUCGGACAACUGAGUCUUGCAUCCAUUUUAUCCCCCACAUCUUUCCCUGGAGAUAACUGCGACGAGGCUGUGAAAAAAGUGAUAUGUAAGCUAUCGGAAGAAGCGAAGAAAGAAAAAGAUACAGCAAUAUUGACUUUGGGACGUCUGUCGCUGGUACUUCCUAAGGACGACACCGAAGGAUCCCCGUUCAAACACUUACUAAAGUCUCUCUAUGAGCUUCAUGAAGUUAAGCGGCCAGAGGUGCAAUUUUCUGUUGGAGAAGCGUUAUGUACUGUUGCAGUUGGUUGGUCGUCAAAGUCAUUAAUUACAGUCUUUGACGUGGACGCACCUUGGCCAAAGUCUGACAUACCCUCACAUAUCCUUUCGGGAAUGCUUGACAAGAUCAUCAUCGAUUGCAAGGCCUCGAAGCCAUCGCUGAGAAAGGCAUCUGUCAUCUGGCUUCUCUGCUUAAUCCAAUACUGUGGACACUUUUCGGAAGUGCAAGAUCGUUUAAGGAAGUGCCAAGCUACCUUUGUAUGGCUCUUGUCAGACAGAGAUGAAGUUGUGCAGGAAACCGGCUCUAGAGGCUUGAGUCUGGUAUACGAGAUGGGCAGUCAGGACCUUAAAGAUGACUUGGUACGCGAUCUCGUGCGAUCCUUUACAAUGGAAGGCUCGAAUCUCGGAGGUGGGAAAAUUUCCACAGACACGGAACUUUUCGAGCCCGGCGCAUUACCCACUGGCGAGGGAUCCGUCACCACUUACAAAGAUAUUGUUGGCCUGGCGUCUGAAGUCGGAGACCCAAGUCUUGUUUAUCGCUUCAUGUCACUUGCUUCAAAUAAUGCAAUUUGGUCAAGCCGUGCGGCGUUUGGCAGGUUCGGAUUGAGCAACGUGCUCUCAGACUCAAGCGUCAACGGAUACCUCGCACAAAAUCCUAAACUGUUCCCCAAGCUGUAUCGGUACAGAUUUGAUCCGAAUCCUAAUGUGCAACGCUCGAUGAAUGAUAUUUGGAACGCCCUGGUCAAAGAUUCGAACUCUGUGAUUGAGGCGAAUUUUGACGCUAUUAUGGAUGACCUGCUUAAAAGUAUCAUGACUGGAAAAGAGUGGAGAGUGCGCCAAGCGAGCUGUGCGGCAAUUGGUGACCUUAUCCAAGGGCGGCCUACUGAAAAGUACGAUAAAUAUCUUGGUGAUAUCCUAACCAAAGCAUUCAAGCUUCUAGACGAUAUUAAGGCCACUGUCCGCCAGGCGGCACUCAGACUAUGUCAAGUUCUAACGAAUAUUGUUGUCCGAUCCCUGGAGGCUGGAGAUGCUGAUUCGAAGAGGGCCAGGGUCAUGUUAAAUCAUAUCAUUCCCUUUUUGCUCAGCCAUGAGGGUAUGGAGUCUGCAGCGGAAGAAGUACAAGGUUAUGCAAUUACAACCUUAACGAAGAUCAUCAAGAAAAGCCCUGGGAAAACACUCCGCCUGUUUGUACCUCAGAUACUGGAGAGAUUCCUUGCUUCUUUGAGCUCGCUUGAGCCUCAAGCUGUCAAUUAUAUCCACCUCAACGCCGACAAGUAUGGCUUGACCGGGCAGGAUAUUGAUAAAAUGAGAUUGUCAGCAAUUCGUACGUCUCCAAUGAUGGAAGCCAUCGAGCUAUCCCUUCUCGAGUCUCUUGAUGAUGAAAGCAUGAAAGAAGUUGCGAACAAGCUAGAAGACGUUUUACGAUCGGCAAUUGGCCUACCUUCGAAGGUUGGUGUCAGCCGCGUCCUUGUUAUUCUCAGUUCCAAAACCUUUCUCUUCCGCCCCCACGCCGAUCGUUUCGUCCAACUUAUGCGGAAACAUGUCCUUGAUCGGAAUGAUACCAUCAGCGCCUCAUACAGUUCCACAAUAGGAUAUCUCAUGCGAUUGGCGACGGAUGACCAGAUGCUUAAAACUAUCGAGUUUGCGAAAUCGCUCUACUUUGGGGCCGAAGAAACGUCUCACCGUGUCAUCUCCGGUGAAAUCUUAAACUCCAUCUCCAAACUUGCGAACGACCGUGUCGCGGCGUGUUCGGCGGCUUUUCUCCCUUUCAUCUUUGUGGGUAUGCAUGAUACAGAGGAACAAGUUAGGGAACUAUUUUUAAAAACAUGGAACGACAAUGUCAGCGGCUCGCGAGCUGUAUCAUUGUAUCUUCAAGAGAUACUUGAUAUUGUAUCUAACAAUCUAGACUCACCGCGGUGGGCCAUUAAACACACGUCUGCUCUUGCCGUUGCAAAAGUGGCUUCAUCAUUAGAUGACAACAUUGAUCUUGGCGCUGCACAGCGCAUUUGGCCAGCUAUCGAAAAGGCGGUUGCAGGAAAGACUUGGGAAGGAAAGGAAACGGUACUGGAAGGGUUUGUCAAAUUUUCUCGCAAAUCCAAAGCUCUGUGUGCGCAGAAUAGCGAUAUCCGUGAGCAAAUGAAGGUUAUUGUAGUGAGAGAAGCCAGGCGCAACAAUCCUGCAUACAAACCUCAUGCGCUCAAAUCUCUCGCUGAAUUUGCCAAAGACCGAGAUGAUUUGGAUCUCAUGCCUGAUGCAAUGAAAAUUGUUUCUCAGGUGGUCGAGGAGCUAGUCGAUGAUUCGAAAGAAAAAAUGGAGGUAGAUGCAGCAGCCGACGUAGUCAAGGCUUCAAAGGUUGAAGGGCAAACGCUCGCAGCUAGCGUCGAGUGCAUUUUCAGCUGCCUUAAUCCCUCAAUUUCUUUCUUAGCAGCACUGACCGGUCAUAUAUCUCAAAUACCCCUGGUCGUCGGCAAGGCUGUCACUUAUGGUGGUAAGGCCAUAUAUGGCAUCAUGUACAGCGGGCUAAAAUCCGCAUUCGAAAAACUUGGGGCAGAAGUUUCAAAACCCGACUCUGAACUAUCCAAUGGAGAGUUAAACAGCGACUUCCGCACUGCAUUACUCUCUCUCGGCGAUCAACUUCUAUUCCGGGAUCUCGAGCUAUCCGUAGAAAAAACGAGGCAUAGUCGAGCACAAGCCGCGCUUGCAUACACACACCUGUGCAACACAACCAAGAUUAAAAUGCCCGACGAGCACCGCCAGCAAGUUAAAGAGUGGCUCGCAACGGAGCGGUCUGGGCCGGUCCAAGCGGUCCUCUUCCAAGUCUUGGAGGAGAUCUUGUAA